AUGGAAAAUACUGCUGAAGUAUCAAGGGAAGGAACUGGAGAGGGGUUGGUGCGGCCAGACAAAUCGGGAGCGAGCAAUGACGAGAGCAAGGAUACCUUCGAUGAGUUGAAGUACGAAAGCAAGCAAGUAGAAGAGAAGGAAAAAUAUUAUAUGGGAGAACAGUCCGAGGAGGAAGAAACGAUUGACAAAGAGAUUCCAAGUCCAGCAGUAUACUUGACCAUCCUGAAGGAGAUACCAACGUUGGAGGACAACGAGGAAUAUAUGGACAAGAAACUGAGGGAGAAACAAAGAAAUAGCAUAACCGGUGGAAAGUCAGAAAAACAAGAUGAAGAGUUCAACUCACCUGGACCGCCAAAUGAAGACCUACCUUAUCAGUACGACGCGGAUGGUGCCAUUAAACAUGAUCCACUAGGUCUAUGGGAGGGAAGCGUGAACUCUGAUUCAUCACCAGGAGAGCAGCAAGCGACUGGAAGGGACAAUACUACAGCAGCAAAAGUUAAAAACUCAACACAACCAGAAGCUUCGAAUUGA